ACACUGAUUGAUUGACUGACGAGAAACGAAAAACGACAAUCUCCCUGUGCGUUCCGGUUUGAAGUUAAACCCUUGCUGCAGUUGCUAGUUCGUCGUUGCUGGAAAUGUAUUCUGUGGCGGUAAGACUUGCCAAGCAUCUCCGACCCUCAUCUCACGGUGGUGUGCCGAGAACUGCGACGUUAUGGUACUCAACAUUGAUAAAUGGAAAUGACGUUGAUGAUCAACCUUCACGGGAUAACGAUGGGGCAAACAAGGAAGGAUUAGAUGAAGAGUUUGAUGAUUUCCUUGGUGGCAGACCUGAGCUACAACUGCAAGGUGUGGAUCCUAGAAGAGGUUGGGGAUUUCGCGGUGUGCAUAAGGCAAUUAUUUGUGGAAAAGUUGGCCAAGCCCCUGUACAGAAGAUAUUAAGGAAUGGGAAGAAUGUAACCAUAUUUACAGUUGGGACAGGGGGGAUGUAUGACCAGAGAAUUGUAGGAUCAAAGGAUUUGCCAAAACCUGCCCAGUGGCAUCGCGUUGCCGUGCAUAAUGAGGUACUAGGAGCUUACGCAGUUCAACAACUCUUUAAAAAUUCUUCAGUGUACGUUGAGGGUGAAAUUGAGACUAGAGUUUAUAAUGAUAGUAUUAAUGGCGAAGUUAAAAGCAUUCCAGAGAUAUGCGUUCGUCGUGAUGGGAAAAUUCGCCUCAUCAAGAGUGGAGAGAGCGUUGAUAAAAUUUCCUUGGAUGAAUUGCGAGAGGGAUUGUUUUAGAUGAAAUCUACCAUUUAAUGGAUAAAUUUUAGUAUCUACAUUUGUAAGAAUGGAGAAAUAGAAGCAUCUACAUCUGUAAGAAUAACAUAUUUGUCCUGUGUAGCAGCAUUUAUAACGAACACCAUAAUGACCACUUUGUUUAAUUGUUUUUUAUAUAUAUCCUUUAGCUUUCUGAAUGUGUGUCUCCCACAUGUAUUUUCUUAUAUGGGAGAGGUGUAGAAGAACGCAUUUUUGGUGUCGAUUACAAGUUAUGUUACUCGAAUAUGAAUAACAUACUAAUCAAUUGACAAGUAGAAGUAUUUAGUUUUAAA